AGAGUCCUGGAGCUGGGCUCGGUCCCGGACUCGGUCCUGCAGCGCCUCUAGGCUGCGGAUCGGCGCUCCAGCCACCUGCUCCGCGCAGCGUCCUGGGAAGCGGGGAGAGUGGGGAGGGCAGGAGGAGGCGGGGAAGGAGGAGAGAGGCAGUUUACACACGCCUUCCAGUCCUCCACUCAGAGCAGCCGGAGUCCGCCGCCGCCGCCGCCGCUGCCGCUGCCCUCCCUGCUCCCCAGCUGCCACCUGAGGACACCUGCCGGCCCCCUGUCGCCGCCGCCGGCGAUUCCUUCCCGGCGCUGGGCCGCUUAUGCACACUACCACUACCGUUAUUACUAUUAGAGCGAGAAGAGGGAAAUAAAAGACACCAGCCCAGAAGAACCACGUCCACCGUUCCGAAUUACUCAAGUGUCUCCUGGAAAGAGAGAGGGUCGCAGGUCCCGGCCAGAGCUGCGGAGGGACCGAGGGCGGGUGCGGGGGAGGGAGGAGUUGGGGGCUGUGCGUGGUGGAAAGUUCCGUGCGGCAGAGACCCGAAGGUGCCGCGCCACAGCCCAGGGGACGGCGUGUCUAGGAGAAGCCGCUGCCCCCAGCACCGGGACCCGCGAGCACGCCGGCACCGCGGGGCCCAGGACGACGCCCCCUCCUGCGGCGUGGACUGUGUCAGUGGCCCCCGAGAAGGAGGAAUAUGGCAUCCAAGAGCGGCCCCUCCUGCCGUCUGCUCUUCUGCCUCUUGAUCUCCGCCGCGGUCCUCCGGCCAGGCCUUGGACUGUACACUGUACAUUCAACAUAUGGAGACACCAUUAUCAUGCCUUGUCAACUCGAUGUACCUCAGAAUCUCAUGUUUGGCAAAUGGAAAUAUGAAAAGCCCGAUGGUUCCCCAGUAUUUAUUGCCUUCAGGUCCUCUACAAAGAAAAGUGUUCAGUACGACGAUGUACCAGAGUACAAAGACAGAUUGAGCCUCUCGGAAAACUACACUUUGUCUAUCAGUAAUGCAAGGAUCAGUGAUGAAAAGAGAUUUGUGUGCAUGCUGGUGACUGAGGACAACGUGUUCGAAAAACCUACAGUAGUCAAGGUGUUCAAACAACCAUCUAGACCUGAAAUUAUAAGCAAAGCACCAUUUCUUGAAACAGAGCAACUACAAAAGCUGGGUGACUGCAUUUCAAAAGACAGUUACCCGGAUGGUAACAUCACAUGGUACAGGAAUGGAAAAGUGCUGCAGCCCUUGGAAGGAGUGGUAGUCAUAACUUUUACAAAGCAAGUGGCCCCACUUACCCAGCUCUAUACCAUGACUUCAUCCUUGGAGUACAAGACAACCAAGGCUGAUAUAAAAAUACCAUUCACCUGCUCUGUGACAUAUUAUGGACCAUCUGGCCAGAAAACAGUUUAUUCCGAACAAGCAGUCUUUGAUAUUUACUAUCCUACAGAACAGGUGACAAUACAAGUGCUGCCACCAAAAAAUGCCAUCAAAGAAGGGGACAACAUCACUCUUAAAUGCUUAGGAAAUGGCAAUCCUCCCCCUGAGGAGUUUUUGUUUUACUUUCCAGGUCAGCCUGAAGGAAUAAGAAGCUCGAACACCUACACGCUGACAGAUGUGAGACGCAAUGCGACAGGAGACUACAAAUGCUCGCUGACAGACCAAAGGAGCAUGAUGGCUUCCACUGCCAUCACAGUUCACUAUUUGGAUUUGUCUUUAAACCCAAGUGGGGAAGUGACCAAGCAGAUUGGCGAUGCCCUGCCCGUAUCAUGCACAAUAUCUGCUAGUAGGAAUGCAACUGUGGUAUGGAUGAAAGAUAACAUCAGGCUUCGAUCUAGCCCAUCAUUUUCUAGUCUUCAUUAUCAGGAUGCUGGCAACUAUGUCUGUGAAACUGCUCUCCAAGAGGUCGAAGGACUGAGAAAAAGAGAAUCCUUGACUCUCAUUGUAGAAGGAAAACCUCAAAUCAAAAUGACAAAGAAAACUGAUCCCAGUGGAUUGUCUAAAACAAUAAUCUGCCAUGUGGAAGGUUUUCCAAAGCCAGCUAUACAGUGGACAAUUACUGGCAGCGGAAGUGUCAUAAACCAAACAGAGGAAUCCCCUUAUAUCAAUGGCAAGUAUUAUAGUAAAAUUAUCAUUUCCCCUGAAGAGAAUGUUACAUUAACUUGCACAGCAGAAAACCAGCUGGAGAGAACAGUAAACUCCUUGAAUGUCUCUGCUAUAAGUAUUCCAGAACACGAUGAGGCAGACGAGAUCAGUGAUGAAAACAGAGAAAAGGUGAAUGACCAGGCGAAACUCAUUGUGGGAAUCGUCGUCGGCCUGCUCCUUGCUGCCCUUGUCGCUGGUGUUGUCUACUGGCUGUAUAUGAAGAAAUCAAAAACUGCAUCAAAACAUGUAAACAAGGACCUUGGUAAUAUGGAGGAAAACAAAAAGUUAGAAGAAAACAAUCACAAAACCGAAGCCUAAGAAAGACCCUGUUCUACUUGUCCAGAGGAAAAACAUAUAGACCAAUUGAAGCAUGAAUGUGGAUUGUAUUUAAGACAUAAAGACAUUGACAGCAAUUCAUGGUUCAAGUAUUAAGCAGUUCAUUCUACCAAGCUGUCACAGGAUUUUAGAGAAUUAUCUCAAGUAAAAAAAUGAAGUGAAAUUACAAACAAUAACGAGUUUUGGCAGCCAUGAUAAUAGGUCAUAUGUUGUGUUGUUUUUUUGUUUUUGUUUUUUUCUGUAAAUGUCUGCACUGAGAAUUUCUUUUUUUGUUUGCCUUUAAUGUAAAUUUUUUACGUAGCUAUUUUUAUACACUGUAAGCUUUGUUCUGGGAGUUGCUGUCAAUCUGAUGUAUAAUGUAAUGUUUUUAUUUUGAUUGUUUAUAAUAUGGAUAAUCUGAGCAGGUACAUUUCUGAUUCUGAUUGCUAUCAGUAAUGGCCCAAACUUGCUCACAAGCACCUAAAAACCCAAAGGUGGCAGCUUGUGAAGCUUGGGGACACACACAUUGCCCUCUUCAAAGACGGUGAUUUUUAUCACAAGCGAGAUGAAGGCAGAGAGUCAGAGUGGCAGGCACUGGUGAGCUGACCCUGUGUGUGUGCAGCCGGCUGACUCUCAGGAGUUAUCACAGACACAUCUGAACACAUGUACAUGGUAAAGGUACUCCCAAACUGACCUUUUUGCCUAUUCUGAAAAAAAUACAGAAUUCGGGUAGCACUUACCUUGAGAGACACCUGCUAGUAAAUUAUUUUCCGUCAAAAGAAAAGAAAAAAAAAAAGAAACCAAUCAAUGCGUGAGAGACAGUUUGGAAAAUUCAUGGGUAACAUUGUCAUUAUCACAGAUCACAAUGUAAAUCACUGUAAUUACAAAUUGGUGUUAAAUCCUUUGGGUUAUCCACUGCCUUAAAAUUAUAUCUAUUUCCUUUUUAAAAAGAUAUCAGUCAGAAUUGGAGAUUUUUAACAGUGGUCAUUAUCAAAGCUGUGUUAUUUUCCACAGAAUAUAGAAUAUAUAUUUUUUUCGUGUGUGUUUUUGUUAACUACGCUACAGAUAUUGAAUGCACCUUGAGAUAAUUUAGUGUUUUUAACUGGUACAUAAUUUAUCAAGCAGUACAUGAAAGUGUAAUAAUAAAAUGUCUAUGUAUCUUUAGUUACAUUUAAAUUUGUAACUUUAUAUACAUGUUUUAUGCAUGAGGAACUUUUUAGGGUGGUAGUAUAAAUGGAAACUUUUUGAAGUAGAUCGGAUAUGGGCCAAUAGCUACUUGUGACUAGACUUUUAAACUUUGCUCUUUCAAGCAGAAGCCUGGUUUCUGGGAGAACACUGCAUAGCCAUUUUUGUCUGUGGAUUUACAUAACAUUAAAGAAAAACAAAGAAACAUCAGAUUUCCAGGUAUAGAACUAUGUUCUUUGACAGGAAAAGGAAAACUGGUGUUUGUUUUUUAGAGUCAUGGAAUAAAAAAUUAUGAAGGCAAUGAAAAAUAAAUUGAAGACUAAAGUCAGAUGGAGAUUGGGAAUCACAUUUUGCCACUUCUGCAUUAUUUAGAAACACGUAUUAUUGUACAUUUGUAAGCCAUUUGCUGUCUGGGCAAUAGUGGCUCAGUUUAAUAAAGCUUCCUGUAGUGCAUUGGUAUGGAUUAAGUACAUAAAAUAUUCUAUUAGACUUGAUGCUGUAUAAAAUAUUAUGAAAAAAAGAAAAUAUAUUAUUUUAACUCUAAA